AUGAACUUCUUUGUGGACUACAGCUGUGAAAAGAACACCGAAACCGGGAGAUUCAAACUAACUGUGCCUGAUCUCAGCACUACAAGUAUCAGAGACGUAAAGAGUGCGAUACAAGAAGCCAUACAAGCGCCGGUUUGCGAUCAAAAGCUGUUUUAUCAGGGACAGUUGCUAACUGAUGAUCAAAUGACCCUCGGUAGGUUGUAUUUCAAGGAAGGAGAGAGUUUAAAAUUGCAGUUUCUCGCUGUAGCAGACAUAGUAGGAAUGCGGAAACUUUUGUCUGUGCUCCAGACAAGCGCACAAGGAAUUGUGGAAAAACUACACGGAGAGCUUCCAGACAUUAUAAUGGCAAAGGAUCCUAAUGGUUCUGCAGUGAGUUUCAGCUUUUCUCGGGACUUCGGAGAUGUAAAACUAGGCAACACGUAUCGAGCACUUCCAGAACUUGCCAGCCAGUACUUCGCUCCCUGGAAGAGUUUGAAAUCGAGUGCUCAUAGACAUUUCUUCGUUCAAGAAGGAGGAUUUGACGCAUUCUUGGAAGUUUUCAAAUAUUCAUUGAAACUUUUCCUGUUUGCAGAUUUUCAGGAAACUAAGUGAGUUUUCAAAACUUUACGCACAGCAUUGCCAUAAAUUUUUCUAUAAGUAGCACGAUGUUACAUGUUGAAUAUUCAUGCAAUCAGUUGUGGUGGCGUGAUGGCCACAGACUGAUUUGAGGGCUAAAAAAAGAAAACUCUGUUUUGAGACGUAGCUAGGUUAGGAAAUUGACCACCACUGUGACAGUCUUUCUAUAUGCCCUUGAAGAAGCACACGGCAGCAUGAGCCAACCCCUCAGUCUGAGGAAAUAAUUAAAAGAUUGGCCAGGGAAAACAGAAAUGGUCUGGGAAGAACGCACUGGAGAGGGGGGGCGAGAGGGAAAGAGUGCAUAGUGAAGGGGGGAGACAGACUCUCCAUUUUUCCUUUCCAUUUUGCCACCAAUUUCACCAGCCUUUUUUUCCAAUUGUCUACAUUGACUGAGGGCUAGCAAAGGCAAUGGACAGCAUUGCCAGUAGGACUCAUGUAAAACAGUUAAAUGGAGUCAGACAGUAAUGGUGGCCAUUAUAUAUAGUCCCUGAGUGUAGAGAAUAUUGUUAUCAAUGGAAAAUGAUACUGGCUUCAUGGUGGUGAGAAACAAAAUUGUUAAUAUAUAUAAUUAUAUAAAUAUCAGAAUGGUGUGCGUCAGGCUUUAUAUACUACAAUCAUGACAUUCAGUGAUGUUGAAGCCAUGACUGUGCAAUGUAAGAUGGGUGGCAGUUUUUAAUAUUGAAUCUGGUUUAUAUAUAACUCUCUGUAAGAUGUACUUUUUUCUCUAAAAUAACCUCUUUUAUUGAUACUUUGGCCUUUAGAGAUGCUCAAAGUCCAAUGGAUAUUGUGAUGUUACGAACCCUGAAUCAUUUAAAACACCAUUUUGAUCAAGGACAGCUUCUUCUUGAAUACAGAUGUCUUUCCUGUUUGUGGACCUUUGCUGAGACAUAUGAAGAUAAGAAGUUUGCUUUAUCAAAGGGUGUCUUUCCAUUAUCAGUUGAAGCUCUCCUUAUCCACCCAGAUGUAUUCAACAAGGCUGGCCUCACUGACUUAGCCAGAUUGAUUGUUUUCUUAAAUCAGUCUGCUGUUGGCUGCUGUGCAGGGUGAGUUAAAUCACUUAACCAAAAAACAGGGUAGAUAUUAAUCUGACUUGUUAUUUUAUCCAUGUGAAAAGAUUAAUGUCUGUCUGGAACUGAUAUUUUUGUUUGGUUUCAAAAUGUCAACAGAAGAAUACAAUUGGCUUAGUACUAGCAGACAGUCUUAGAGUUUAACUAUUCUUACACUGUCUCUUUUGGAAGAUUUUGCAUAUCUCGCAUUGAAACAAAAUUAUGGUAAUUGUAUACUCAACAAAAAAAUUUGUUUUGCACUUUAGUCAAUGGCUUCCUAUUCACACAAUAUUGUUAAAUGGUGCAAUACAGGAUUUCUGUCAAUUGUAUAGGUAUGCAAAGUUUCAGAAAAUUUAGAUUUUUAAUCACAGGACAACUAACUUUUUUUAAACAACAAUAUAAAGUAAAGCAAAUCUAAGUUAAUUUUAUUCAUAAUUUUUUUUAUGAUCUGUUUAAAACAAUUUGUUUAUCAAGGAAAUGUGCCUGUGGAUACACAUUUCAUAAAUCAUGACUGCACUUGCAGUUAUGUACUAUGCAAUUUUGCAUGCAUGUAGACAGUGUGCUCUAACUCUCUUACUAGAGAGUUAGAGCUCAACUCCCAAUUGGUAACCAAAGUUGGCUUGCUGAAAGUCAAUUUUUUUUCAGGAUAGCUCAGAAUAUUUCUUCCAUAAUUGAACAGUCAAUAAAUUUUAUUUGUUUUUAUUGCCUCUUCAGCUGAAAAAUUAACUUAGCUAUAGCUUCAUCAGUCUGUAAAACAAUUUCAUUCUCAAAAUUUGAUCCAUUACAGUUCUGAUUUAAUAUGAAUACACAUACCCUCUUUUUCCUAGAUUUGUGGAGUAUGAUUCAAACCUCCAGCUAGAAGUUGCCAAAUCACCAGCAAUGAUCAGCAAGUUACUCUUUAUGAUUGACAGAAGCCAGUCUGAGACAGCAGAAUAUUCACUAUUUUCAAGUCAGGUUGCCUCCAACACUCUGUUUUACUGCACAUUCAAUGUAAAAUCUGCCCAAUAUUUAGUAAACUAUGGAGUUGUGGAAAAAAUGCUUAAUAUUACAAAAAAGCUAUUGGAUGAUGAGGAAGGAGAUUUCCCUUUAAGGUUGGAAAAUUUUGUGAAACUAUUUUUAUUCAUUUUUUCAAACAGAUUUUUCCUAACUAUCUUGACUGAUAAUAGUGUUUGCACUAGUUUAUAUAUCCUCAGCACUAGUUCAUCCUCAGUCUUAUCCUUAUUUGCAUCCUUUUCUUUUCAUCAGCAUUAUUUGCAGGGGAAGAGCAGGGUUUAGGUGGGAUCAGUAGCAUGCAAAUCUUUCAAGAUUGUAAAAAUUCAGGUUUGCAAAAAAGUGCAAGUGGAAAUAAUAAACAGAUCUUUCCCAGUUCUAGCCCUUCUAACAACAUAAACAUGAGCCUGCUGAUACCUCUUUGAAAAAAUUCUUAGUGAUGCUCUAUAUAUCUCUCCUUAUGCUGUCAUAGUCCCUCAUCUAUAUCCAUAUCCUUCAUAGAUUGUUGAGCUCAUCUUCAUCCUCAUCCUUCUUUCUUAUUUAGUCAUCUUUUCAUCAUCAUCAUUUCUAAACCCUUUGCCAUUCUCACCCAUAUCCUUAUCCCCAGUGUCCUGUUUUUUCCUUUUAUCCUCCUCUUCCUUAAAAUUCUGCCUUCUUCCUCUUUCUUUGCCUCUUGUUCAUUGUCAUCACAAUCAACAAUAUCUGCAGCUUCAUAACUUCAUAGUGUCAUAGUGUGGGAUUACAAGGUUAAUUUACAUUCAUUUUAAUACAAUGGGUAUUCAUAUGAUAAUUUUUUUUUUCACUUUUUUUGCCCUCCUCUGAAAAAGGUACUAUUGUUGUCUGUUCCUGGCAAGAAUGUGCUCAGCUCCUCUGGUCAAUCUGGCAGCAAGUGUUUGUUCUACUAUAGACAAACUUAUUGACACCUUCCUGGACAAGCAUGUUCCCAGUGAGGUCACAAAAUAUGAGGAAGAAUUGUCUUUUGUUUGGAUGACAAUGGUACCGUUGGUUCAUUUGGCUUUCGCUGAAGGAAAAAAAUAUGCACAUGGUAGAAAGAUGAAUCAUAGUAACCAUGGUCAUCAGGUUAAUAGCUCAAAUUUGGAUUUAACUCAAGUUAAAGGAAAUCAUUUUCUAGAGAGGCAGUCAUCAAAAUCCAUCAUUACUGACUUGGGUGUAGCACUGGGUGCUGUAGAGAUCAAGGCCGAUUCCAAAAAUCCUCUUGAACCUAACAAUGAUGAAAGAGAUUCAAAAUGUGAAUCUCCUCAAAGACCAGAGGCUUGUGCACAGUUGGAGGCUGAUGUGACUGAAGAAGCCAAAGUCACAAUUAUUGGGACGACUGUACAUUUUCAGAGAAUCAAACAAGUGAACACUAGCAUUCAAAAGGUCGAAUGUCAUCAUGCCACAGCUAAGACCCAAUCUUUUUCGUCUGAAAACAAAGAUUGUGUGAUGGAAAGACAGAAAAGCCAAUUCAUCUUGCCAGGAUCCAAAUCAACACAGAAGCUUGGCAUUUUUUCUCUGGUGCACAUGUUUUCAGUCAAAGACAACCGAGAGUUAGCGUCAUCCGAGAAUCUCCCAGCGUACUUGGUCUGUCUGUCUUGGUAUCUACCGUGGGAAGAGAAGGAAAAAUUGAAGCACAGCAUGGGAAAUUUAUACUUCGCCUCCACACCUCCUUCUUUGAAAGUUGCCGCCAAAUCUGUACUUUCUCUGAUGAGAGGCUUCGACAUGGUCUACCGGCUUUGAACGGCAUGCACUCUACUUAUUAGAGGCACUUUAAAACUGGGAACAUUUUAACAUUUCAUUUCAUUCUACCGUUCCCAUGUCAGAAUCUGGGACAUUCUCGGUAUAAUACACUUACAAAGACUCGGUUUUACGUCGUAUGGCUCCUGUCGUCCUCUACGUUCCUUGAAUCAACUGCAAGUCGUACAAAGGAAAUCAAAACAUGUAGCCAAAUAAUCG